AUGAACUGGCGCGAAGAUGUCCUGAUGGGUCUAGCAACGCUACUCUACGCAACGCUCGCUUAUUACGCUAUUAUUGGCAUAGUUGCUGGCGGAAUUGGCAAGCAUAUGUCAGACAUCACGCUCGACGAACUUUACCUCGCUUUCCGCUCUUGGCUCAUUUGUGAGCUGAUUUAUGGGCCCUUAAGCGCAAUAAUAAGAACGUCAGUCGCACUUCUCCUUUUCCGCCUGCCAUUAUCUACUUAUGAGAAAUGGGCACUCUAUACAUGUCUCGGAAUGAUGUAUGCCUUUACCAUCAUAUACUUCUUUAUUACUUUAUUCCAAUGUAAUCCACCGCCGUAUUUCUGGGAAAGGUUCCAUAAUUUCGAAAUCUCUGGGUCUUGCAACGAUCCUCAUCGACUCCCUAUUGCCGCGUAUUGGCAUAGUGGGAUCGCUGGCUUCAGCGACUUGUUUAUCACGGCCCUUUCUAUUUGGAAGCUGGUACAGCCAAGAUUAAAGUCUAAACAGGAUCUCAAAAUCAACAGUACCAGAAUAGUUAUAAUUGUCUUCCUCAGUUUCGGAGUUCUGCUAACGCCCCUCAGAGCAGGCGUGGUAAUGCUAGUCCGCAUACCAUACAUUCGAGAUAUGGAUUUAUCACCCGACUUUCUCUACGAAACUGUAACCUUCGGUGGGCAUAAUAACAGGGAGCCUUCCUUCCGUCAGACCGCUCUGGUCGCUCCUCUCUCGGCGCCAGAAUGUAAGCGGCAUUUCAAGUACGACAAUCAGGUCGAGCGAAAGGCCGGCCGAAAUAAGCAGAAUGCAGACAGAUGCGACGAGUCAAGAGUGCCGGGAUGGUUCUCACCCCACCGAGCCUUCUGGUCGAAAGCUGCUCCAACCCAAACCCUUUUGGCCGUUGUGCAGUUGGCGUCGAACUGUGGAUCAAGGUUCAACUACAACGCCAGACAUGAAAGGGGCUGA